GCAGCAUUACAAGCAGCAGUAGGGUUAAGUAACACAGAAACUGUUACGCUCUUGCAUGCAGGGUCCCUAGACACGAAGUUCGAAUCGAUGGAAACGUAGCUCAAAAGGCGACGCCAACACCGCGGAGAAAACAUUGAGCUACUCCAACCACAGUGGCGCGCCAAGCAGGAGGCGGUACCUGAGGACCACGUCUGCGCGCGGGGUUACGCAAGCGCGCAGCCUUUGCGCACGCGCACGAACGCACGGCCGCGCAGCAUCUGUCUUGCUGGAAGCUUUUUCCUAGAGGUUGAGCGGUUUGCACAAUGUCGGAAAUGGCUGAGUUGUCCGAGCUGUAUGAAGAGAGCAGUGACCUGCAGAUGGAUGUGAUGCCUGGCGAGGGUGACCUUCCGCAGAUGGAGGUAGGCAGCGGGAGCCGGGAGCUAUCCCUGCGUCCCUCCCGCAGCGGGGCCCAGCAGCUCGAGGAGGAAGGCCCAAUGGAGGAGGAGGAGGCCCAGCCAAUGGCGGCGCCAGAGGGGAAACGGAGCCUUGCUAACGGGCCCAACGCUGGGGAGCAGCCAGGCCAGGUGGCGGGCGCAGACUUCGAGAGCGAGGACGAGGGCGAGGAAUUUGAUGACUGGGAGGACGACUACGACUAUCCCGAAGAGGAGCAGCUUAGUGGUGCCGGCUACAGAGUAUCAGCCGCUCUUGAAGAAGCCGACAAGAUGUUUCUGAGAACAAGAGAACCAGCCCUGGAUGGCGGGUUUCAGAUGCAUUAUGAGAAGACCCCGUUUGAUCAGUUAGCUUUUAUCGAAGAGCUUUUUUCACUGAUGGUUGUCAAUCGUCUGACCGAAGAACUCGGCUGUGAUGAGAUUAUUGAUAGAGAGUAGUUAGAUGCUGUUAAAAGAGGAGGAAACUACUUGAGGAGGGACCCAACUUUCCGCUAUCUUUUGGGUUCAUUCCAAAUAGUUUUGUGCCAUUGAAAAACUUGACCUUCAAAAAAAUUUGUUUUUCAGAAUAGAAGACAAUAGGACAGUGACUGCACAGUUGUGAAAAAGGAAGAGAAUCAUUAAAGAAAAAGAAAAAAGAUUUUAAGACCAUUGAAAUCAGUUAUCAAGAAUGUCCUAAAACACCUAUGGCUUUGACUUUGUUAUUGAUCCAGAUUAUUUUCCUUGCAUUGGGGAAAAUAUCUUUCAUAUUUGUUUGCUGUAAAGAUGGUUUUGCAAGAAUAAGUCAUGACCAAGACAAACUGCCAAUACAAAAGCCCACUGAUACUAAUUAUAUAAUGAGAAAAAAAUGUAUCCAACUAGGACACAUAUAUUUUGAGUUAUUUGGACUGAAAGCUUAAGAAAACUUGGAAAAUUCUAUUUUGUGAUCUAGUCAAGCCACAGUUAUCAAAGGCUACAUUUUCAGUGUAAGAUAAAUGGAGUAUUCUUCAUUAUUCCAAAAGGAUGAGUAAACUCAAAUAUGUAUCACAUGUGCUUUGUAUCUUAAGAUGUGUUUCCAAGAGCAUCUGAAAUUUUGUUUGUACAUGUAUCUUGAUCAUUUAUAAAGCCACUGUGAUCUAUAAAUCAAGAAAAUCCAUUGUCAUAACCAUUUUUAAAAGUCAAAAAUUAAGACAUCCUUAAUUAAAAAGUUUCAAAUCUAGACACUAAAUGUGUGUGAAUGUACAAAGGAAACAAACCAUUGCUUAUGCUGUUAUAUGCUAGAGAAAUUUUGUUUUGCUUGCUGUUUUAACUUGACAGAUGAAAGACUUUAGUUGAACUUCAUAUUGUAAGAACUGUUAAUAAAAGUUGUCAAGUAAAAAGCCCUAUAUCUAAAAAGACUUUAUGAACAGUUAUUCUAUCAACUUUUAAAGGUUUUAAACCUGCCCAGAAAUUACCUUGGUAUCUGAAGUUUCCCUCUGUCUCCUCCUCUAAUUAAGCUUGUUAUUUGUUAUGCACCAGCAUUCGAGAUAAUAAAAUUUCUUGUUCUGUGUA